AUGGUUGUCGACACCGCUUAUUACGACACCCUCGGUGUGCAGCCCACGGCCAGUGAGCUCGAGAUCAAGAAGGCUUAUCGCAAGCUGGCUAUUGUGCAUCAUCCAGACAAGAACCCCGAUGAUCCCACCGCCCACGAAAAGUUUCAAGCCAUCGGCGAAGCCUACCAAGUUCUUUCCGAUAAGGAGCUUCGCGGGGCGUACGACAAAUUCGGCAAAGACCAUGCGAAGCCUCAAGAGGGCUUCACCGAUCCAGCCGAAUUCUUCACCUCCAUCUUUGGCGGCGAAGCGUUCCAGGACUGGAUCGGCGAGAUCAGCCUCAUGAAGGACCUCACAGCAACCAUGGACAUUACCAUGAACGAAGGCGACGAAGAGAUUGAAGAAGGCAAAGAGGAUGCCGAAUUCCCCGGCACCGAAGAAGCCAAGAAACAAAGCGCAAAGGAACACGCAGAAAAGGAGACGGCCGCUGGACAACCCCCUACGGCGAACGCUCCUCCACCACCAACCGUCGUCAUCGACGAGGAAAAGUCCAGCAGCGGGCAAGCCAGCACCGCCGGCGCAGGACCUACACCUCCCCCCCGAUCAGAAGCCACCUCCCCAGCACCAUCCUCCUCCUCACGCAGCCGAACGCAAAUCCCCCUCCGACCCGCGCUGGCCGACCACCCCCACGAUGAAGCAAGCCUCCAAGCCGCCGAAGACGAGCUCCGCCAAAAGGAGAAGAAGAAGGGCGGCCUCACCAAAGAACAGCGAGAACAGCUCGCCGCCUACGAAAAGGAGCGCGCGCUCAUCCGCCAAAAGCGAGUCGGCACCCUCUCCGAAAAGCUCCUCGACCGCGUGAGCGUCUGGACCGAGACCGACAAGGGCGACGACGUCACGCGUGCCUUCCAGGAAAAGAUGCGCCUCGAGGUGGAAAACCUCAAGAUGGAGUCGUUCGGCAUCGACAUCCUCCACGCCAUUGGCCAAACGUACGUGUCCAAAGCAUCCGGCCUGCUACGGAGCCAGAAGUUCCUCGGAAUCGGCGGCUUCUUCAGCCGCCUCAAGGACAAGGGCACCCUCGUAAAGGACACCUGGAACACAAUCAGCAGCGCGCUCGACGCCCAACAAACCGUCGAGGACAUGGCCAAGAUGGAGGCCAAGGGCGGCGACGACUGGACCGAAGAGAAGCGCGUCGAGUACGAGCGCCGCGUCACCGGCAAGAUCCUCACCGCCGCAUGGCGCGGAAGCAAGUUUGAGAUUCAGAGCGUGUUGCGCGAAGUGUGCGACUCGGUGCUGUACGAUAAGAAGGUAUCCCUUUCUAAGCGAUUAGAACGUGCGCAGGCGCUCGUCCUCAUUGGCGAUAUUUUCCUCAAGGCCCAGAGAACUCCCGAAGAAGAAGGCGACUACCUCGUCUUUGAGCAGCUCGUCGCCGAAGCAGCCAUGAAGAAGGACAAGGAUGAGGAUAAGCGGAAAAAGGAUAAAAAGGAUAAACAUCACCAUCACCGUCAUGCGGAGGAAGUUGCCAAUGAUGCACCCAAUGUGCCCAAGGCGUAG